AUAUGAAACAGCGAGGCGCCGGGGAAAGACCCGGAUUGACCCCGCAGCUGAACGGUGAAAGUACUCGCUGUACUUCACUGGGUUUUCUGCUGCGUCUCAGGCGGUACACGGAUGAUAGAAAUGUCCAACUGGAAGCCUUUUGUUUUUGGCGGGCUGGCUUCUGUGACUGCGGAAUGCGGGACCUUUCCAAUCGACCUGGCCAAGACGCGGCUCCAGGUCCAAGGCCAGGUGGGCGACAGUAAGUACCGGGAGAUCCGCUACAGAGGAAUGCUCCACGCCAUGCUGAGGAUCGGGAGGGAAGAGGGGCUCCGGGCGCUUUAUUCCGGAAUCGCCCCCGCCAUGCUCCGGCAGGCCUCGUACGGGACCAUAAAGAUUGGGACAUACCAGAGCUUUAAGAGGCUUCUUGUUGACAGACCAGAAGAUGAGACGUUGCUGAUUAACGUGGCGUGUGGCGUUCUCUCUGGAGUCAUUUCCUCCUCCAUCGCCAACCCCACCGAUGUGCUGAAGAUCCGGAUGCAGGCUCAGGGAAACGUGAUCCAGGGCAGUAUGAUGGGCAACUUUAUCCACAUCUACCAGGAGGAGGGAACAAGAGGAUUGUGGAAGGGUGUUUCUCUUACUGCCCAGAGGGCGGCUAUUGUGGUCGGCGUUGAGCUUCCUGUGUAUGACCUCACCAAGAAGCACCUGAUGCUCUCAGGUUACAUGGGGGACACCGUGUGCACACACUUUGUGUCCAGCUUUGUGUGUGGCCUUGCCGGGGCUUUGGCCUCAAACCCGGUAGAUGUAGUCCGAACCCGCAUGAUGAACCAGAGAGGAGGAGCGCUGUACCAGGGAACACUGGAUUGCCUGCUGCAGACUUGGCGCUCUGAGGGCUUCAUGGCGCUGUAUAAGGGCUUCUUCCCCAACUGGCUCCGCCUUGGACCGUGGAACAUUAUCUUUUUCCUGACUUAUGAACAGCUGAAGAAGUUCAUUGUGUGAUAGAAGAACAACUGAACACUAGUGCAAACCGAAGUCUGGAUUCAAUGGUGGGACUAACAGGAGGGCAGAACACCAAUGUAAACUCGAGUGAAAGGACAGCCACAUUUCUUGUUCGGGCUGUUUGGACUCUGGAGCCGGAGGCAAAUGCGAAUGGGACAGCACAAGACCAUCACAUAACUUCAUUCACUCAUUCUCGCCCUACUUAAGGCUUAACAACUCGACAGUGAAACCGUAAC